AGCUGGCUGCUGUAACCGCUUGUCUUAUACCUUUCUACAAGUGUUUGUUCAAGUUGUUGCCACCUCGAGACACUUCGAUAGGAAAUAAAUACAGAAAAGGCAUUUGAGCGCAAGAAUUUCAACAGCAGUACCUAUGAUGGCUAUGCGCGGAUAAACUUUAUUGUGACUCGGUCCAGUUACACUCGUUCACCGCCAUGUUGACGAGUUAGCCUCCAAUUUCGUGUACUAUAUAAGUUACGCAAUUCAUUAUGAUCCUUGUUGUCGACUGUUGUCUUUACCAAUUCUGAGUCUCUUGUAACUACAAAUAUGAACGAUCUUCAUUUAACGCGUUUGCUGUUUUGUUCGUGAAUGUUGCGGGUUUGUUAUGGCGCACGUUCUCUUUUCAUAGUUUUCACGGUGCCCAGCCUCGACGCAAGGUGCACUAACGGUUUCCUUCCUUAAGUACAGUUCUCUGAUUCUUUUGUUCAUCAGUUCUAAGCAUCUCUUAAGUAAUUUCGUGCUCGUUCAAGUCCGCCUUUGGCCGUGUGCUCGUUUCUGUCGGCAUUGGUUUCUGGCAGUGACGACAAAAUUCAUCACCCCCUGCCGUUUAUCUAGAGUAAACCUAUGUGGGUUUAUCUUUCCGUCUCUGUCUGUCAGCCCCUUCUUCUGUUACUCUCUACCACAGCAUACAAAAUAAAAUUGUGCGAAGCCGCGUAGUCGGCUGCGCUUCCUGAGUAGUGGAGAAGUGCUUGUGGUAGAAAGGGAUAACAGCGAAGCGAAGAGGACAGGGACGUGGGCAGCUGCAAACCGAGCGAGGAGAACAGAUUGCGGGAGGCACCGCUGCAUGGCGCUACUAUCGUGGUCCUCACUCGCGAACCUCUGCUCAAAUACUUACUACCUGACGGCCUGCUUUGCCUGCUCUCUAGUACGAACAAGAACCUGCUUAAUGGUUAUGGUAUGUGGUGGUAGUGGAAGCUGCCGCUACACUCGCUCUGUGAGCCUGUCCGAAUGUUCGGCUGCCCGCCUUUACGCUGCUGAUACGGUUUGGCCUGCUUCGGGCGGUCGGCCGCGAAUGUCUGUCGCAGACCAACGAUACCCAACUCACUACCAAUAUUACUCCUACCAAUUGUAAGAAGGCUACCCAGCAGGAAGCACUGAUAAGCGGCUUGUUAGAAGCGGCAGGCCCUAUUAGCGGGUUGGCCUGCUGACCUUUCUGCCAGGCUGCUUACCUUUAGACAAGGCAUCGUGUUCCUGCUCUUUCGUUUUUGGCGGUGCGGCGCUGCAUGGCCUGGUGUAUCAAUACCUCUAAGCAAGCAGUUGUGGACUAGGAACAUCUACUUACUAUAACUAAUACGGCUGUCGUUCUAAAAUGGUACACGAUAACGUAAUAACCUCCUCACUUAAAUCAGUUUGAUCGCUUGUGUUUAGUUCACAUUACUGCUAAGUACAGUCAUCUGCGUGUGAGAGAGCGCGAUCAGCUCAGAGUGGGUUUUACUAUGUAGUUGUUGAGCUGGCACUACUACUAAUUUUCGCCGUAGUAGCGGUGGUAAGAGUAAAGUACCGAACGUGAGGUUUCUGUACUCUGUUCCUGGUGGAAAGGAUUUCAGUGCUUUUCCAUGUGUAGACUGCAGGCGACGUAUUUUGCACACACGAUUUGGAUUUGACGGAUACCGUCCUGUCCAAGGGGGUAACCGACAGGCACAGCCCCCCAGCAGCGCUGACCUAUUCUCUUCUGGUACGUCCUUUUCUGCAGGAGCGAUUCAUAAGUGUCCUCUAAACUCGCUGCACGCCAUUUCUAUCAGUUUUAUACAUUAUUGUCAUCCUCGUGGGUGGCAACGGCAACGGGUUAAAACGGCAGCUUUCGCUGCUGCUGUCUCCAUUCCGGUCACAAUUAGACCGUUGUCAGACAGUCGGCAAUAAUUGUCGGCUAACUUAACUUGUGAAUAAAUCGUGCUUGGUGCGGUGUACAGACAUCGACUCGUCGGUUUAAUCUUUUCAGUGAUUUCUGGUGUGAUUUUUCGUCCGGUGCACAGCAAUUUAAGUUUCACGCUUCGCGCGACCCCCGUCAGCCUGAUAUCAUGUGUUGUGUCUUCUAUGCAAGUGCAUUUAUGCUUAGCUGACUGCGUGUUCUAGCCUUCACAGUAGAGCAAGAAAACACUGAUAGCAAAUCACAACAACACGACUGGUCGGUCGAUCGGAGAGUAGUCGGAUAGAGUUCGCCAAUGAACAGUUAACAAGUGACGCCAAAAUGGCGGAAUUGCCAGAGGAAUACUGAGAAUGUCGAAUAUCGUUGGCAAAGCUGACGUCUACUGGAAAAAUCAUUGGCAGGUGAUAGCGAUCUGUACUGCAUUCGCUACAAUUCAACGUAUGUGCAUUGAUGGCAACGUCUAAUGACAGAUCGAGCGGCCACGCAAACAAUAGGAACAGCUUAAAAUAUCACCUGUUUAGCGUCCGGUGGUGUCUUACUCAGCUGUGUUUUACUAUAUUAGUUUCUAAGUGAGUGUCUCCUUUUAUUUUAGUGGCUCAUAGUCUUAAGUGGUCUGAGACACAAUGAUUUGAUCUGGCAGCAGAGUGUGCAACAGAAUCCGUCUAAUCAUUGUCACUUUUUAUCCCUCAGUCUAAGUCGGCGGGCUGUAUCAGUUCGUUAGUGAUUCUUAAGCUUGUGAUUUGGAAAAGAACUUGUGAUUGUUCAGGAUUCCCAACUGGCGAGCGCAUUGACGUGCGCUGAGUACGCGAUUGGAGGUUUGACGACUGUUUCCGUCACCCCAACAACUACAGCAGUUAAUAGAGCUUCGAGAGUUACAACGAGUGAAGUUGGCAUCUGCCACACCGAACCGCAACUCAUGGUAGAGACCCAAGUGCAAGCGCCUCCGACAUCAAACUGGUGCUGCUUUUGUAGGUCAAGGGCGAAGCGAUCUGCAAGGCCAGCCGACAUCGAGCGACACUGAGUGCAACAAGGCGCUCAUGAGCAGUAACGGAUAAAGACGCUUCACAGUUGUCAACGAAGAAGAUAUCAACGAUCCAAAUCAAACAACAGCAACAAUAAAAACGUAGUUCUAGCAACAAGAGAGCAGAAAAAUCAAUUAAUUCGAACUGGAAAUGCUGGUUGCAUUCCGUUCUUAUCAAUACCGUAAUACCAAAAAAAGGUGGCUGGCAAAAGCGGUAGUUAAGAAGCAGUUUCAAGAAAUCUAUCCUGUUUGUCUUUCUAGUGCCAGGUCUUUAAACAUGGAUCCUUCAGAUCUGCCGCACAGUUUAUCCAGACCAAAUCUAAUGGCAAGUUAGCCUCUUUCUGUCAUUUUGACUUGUGAAGCGUUACUCACGAUUCUAUAUUGACUGCGCUUACCUGUUGAUAUUCGCCCAUCUCUUAUUUACCUGAGCGCGUCAAACGCGAGGAGGACAGACGACGCGAGAGACAAGCAACGAUUUCUCGAAGACCCAAAACGCUAAACUUGCGGUAGCGUUUGCACCGGACAAAUUGAACAACACCAGCGACACCAGCGGCGGCGGCAGUGUCAGCCAGAAUGACGGCGGUAUUGACAUCGACGACACGCUCAACGGUGAGCAUUUCGGCGACGAGCUGAGGCGACGCUGACGCCGGCGGACAGCGGAACGCUGGAGGGUCAAGGCGAGUUCAGGUCCGCAGUUUUCCGACCGGCAAAAGCGGUGGCAAUAACAGCAGCAGUAACAGUUCGUGUUUGCCCACGGCUCUUCUUGGGCGUGUGCACCAGCAGUGGCAACAACAACAAAAAUAACAGCCACAACAACGUCAGGGAGGACAACUACGAUUCAGCGUCGAAGACGAUUGUACACAAAGUAUAAGACGACGCGGUGGAGGUGGAGAAAAAGGAAAUUUUGUCGCCAAGGGAUCCCGGGAGUCCCGACCGACAAACACUAUAACAACAAUAAAAACAUGGUGUUUGGACGAUGUCCCUGCUUCAAGGGCGAAAGCGAGGAUGUACAAUGCCUCGAUUAUUCGCAUUGUACCUUGGACGAGGUGCCGAAUGAGAUAUUCAGCUAUGAGAGCACACUACAGGAGCUCUGCUUAGACGCUAAUCAAAUCGGAGAGCUGCCCAGACAGUUGUUCUAUUGCCACGCGUUGCGCCGCCUCACGUUUCAAGAUAACGACGUACAGCAUUUGCCAGCGGCGAUUUCGGCACUCACCCUGCUGAUACAACUCGAUCUCAGCCGAAACAACAUCUCAGAGAUGCCAGAAUCCAUACGAGCAUGCAAGCUUCUGACCUCGGUUGAUGCAUCAGUAAACCCAAUCUCAAAGCUGCCGGAAAGCUUUACACAGCUCGUCAAUCUUGAGGAGCUCUAUUUGAAUGACACCCUGCUCGAGUUUCUCCCAGCAAAUCUCGGAUGGCUAGCCAAGUUGCGAAUCCUAGAAUUACGGGAGAAUCAUCUUAAGACGCUGCCAAAGUCCAUGGCACGUCUUACGCAACUCGUCCGUCUAGACGUCGGUCAGAAUGAUUUCGUCGACAUGCCCGAGGUGAUCGGAUCGCUGGCAUCGUUGAUGGAACUCUGGUGCGACAACAACCGUCUGUCGUAUUUGCCUUCAUUUAUCGGCCACCUUCAGGCACUUCGAUACCUCGAUGCUUCAUCUAACAGAUUAUCAUGCAUAGAGGACGAGGCCUUCAGGAACCUUUCACAGCUGGCGGAUUUAACGAUAUCGUCAAAUCGGUUGACACGGCUACCAGACACCCUAGGGAAGCUGACCCAUUUGACAACAUUACGCGCCGAUGAUAACCAGCUUAUGGGACUCCCGGACUCGCUUGGUUUUUGCUCACAACUCGAAGAGCUAAUAGUCAAUGGAAACCACAUCGAAUACUUGCCAGCAACAAUCGGAUGUCUUCGGCAGCUGUCACUUCUAAUGGCGGAUUCCAAUUGGCUAGAUGAGCUUCCUUCGGAGAUCGGUUCCUGUUCAGCGCUCAAAGUUCUUUCUGCACGAGACAACCGGCUUGUGGAUUUGCCAGAAGAGCUGGGUCACCUUACCAACCUCAAGGUUCUCAGCCUUUCAGCUAACAGAUUGAGAUUUUUGCCGGCAUCCCUGACGCGACUUACGUCUCUGGACGCGUUGUGGCUUUCGGAGAACCAGACGAAGCCGCUGAUUCUCCUGCAGGCGGACGAGGCUGCCGGCCAAAGGAGACUCACAUGUUACCUCCUACCGCAAGAAGACGGACACUACACCACUGGCGAACGGCAAACGCCGGAUAUGAUGGAUCACGAAAAGGAGGGCCGCAUUCAGUUCCUCGGCGAUUCGCUGGGCAAGGCUGGGGCGAAGCUUGUGCGAUCACCCACCCCUUACCCGAAAGAACUGCGCGCGAGGCAUAUGCGCAUGCUGCACAGUCGACAACAGGGGGGCGGCGUCACCGUCUCGGAGGGGGCACGAGGAGGCCAAAUAGGAGAGGCAGUCACUACACAACCAUUACGUACGACUACGACAUUGCUACAACCACCCGGAGUAGAAGGAAGUGGUCCCAGUCUUACAUCUACCGGCAUUUUUCAGCAGCAGGCCGAAGCCGACAGUGUCGCCGCCACCAAUCCACAACGUUCACUACAACAACGACAACAGCAGCAGCAGUCACAAAUACUCAACUUAACAACACCAAAUAUUACAAACAACCCGAGCACCCACGUCACUUCCGCUGCAGGUCGGUGGGUGCCAGGACGAUUUUGGCAAGAAAAAGGAAAUCCUCCCGACGUAAUCCCACCGUCAGCCAACGGAAUGGUCCUUACUGAUGCCGUUUAGUUCAAAUCCAACAGAGCGCAUAACGCCG